CGUCACCCGGAAGUACGUCACGCCGCUGAAGCUAAAGAUGCUUCAACUGCCGUUUCACUGUGACUUUAACAUUAAGUUUUACUCAGUGGCAAACUUUGGCCACACCUAGAUCCUGUGCCACUUCCACACACGCUAAAAAAAAUACUUAAAAAAUAAUAAUAUAUAAUUUAUUUUUCUGUCCGUGCGUUUGUUUGUGUGACGGCGAGUCCCGGCGGUGUAACCGGAGAGGGGCCUCAGAGAGGGAAUGCAGGACUGCAAUGGAGCACAAUGGUAUCCAGUGGUUGGGUGCUCCCUCCUGCCAGCGAGGCAGCUACGCCUUCUACAAGUCGGUGAGCAGCCGCGCUGAGCCCGACGGUCCGGCUCAGGUGUGGCGUCUCGGGGAGUUUUACUUCAUCCGCUGUGGACCGCAGGACCCCGUGUGCAUCGCUGAGGUGACCUUGCUGUGGGAAGACCAGACGCGGCGCCACCUGCUGGCCAGCGCCAGACUCUACUUCCUGCCUGAGGACACGCCGAGGGGUCGGACCAGGGAGCACGGAGAGGAUGAGGUUCUCGCCGUGUCCAGGAAGAUCGUGUUGCGGGUGGAGGAUCUGGUGCGCUGGUCGUGCGUGGAGCCGACCGGUUGGAGCGUCGAGAUGAAUCUAGAGACGCCGGCGUGCGGGACGAACGGGCUCCUCAAAUCUCUGCAGAGCAACAACAACAUCACAAACAACAAGAUGAGCGAGCCGCUCCGAGACAGAGAUGACAACGAGCAGUCGGACCAUCACAGCGUCAGAAUCCUCAGCUACCCGCAGUACUGCCGCUUCCGCUCGCUGCAGAGACGCAUCCAGGACGGAGCGAGGGGGGCGGUGCUGCAGGACCUCCACCUGCUCGCUCUGGGCGGAGUCAAAGCGCUGCCGAGCACUCGACUGAUGUACUGCAGAGACACCUUCAGCCACCCGACGCUGGAGAACAACGCCAGCUUCUCCUGGCAGUUCAGAUGUCCGUCUCUCAGUCUGCGAGGGCGACCUCGCAAGAGGAGAGGACGAGACGGCAAAGAGUCGCCCACCUCCGGCCAAUCAGAGUCCUGGAUCGACAGGAUGAAGGAGAACGUGAUGGGCAGCGUGGAGGCGGGCUGUGAGGGCGGCUGGCUCCCUCACCCUGAAGAGCAGCUCUUCCUCGAUCAGCUGUUCACCUUCAUGGACCGGAGCGGCUCGCCGAUCCACAAAGUGCCCAACCUGGGCUUCAAGAAGAUCGACCUCUUCCUCAUGUACUCCGUGGUGAAGAGACUGGGAGGUUAUAAAAAGGUGACUAACGAUCGUCUGUGGAAGGUGGUCUAUAACGAGUUGGGAGGAUGUCCCGGCAGCACCAGCGCCGCUACCUGCACCAGGAGACACUACGAGAGGCUGAUGCUUCCUUACGAGGAGCACCUCCGAGCAGCAGGAGGAGGAGGAGGGGGAGGAGCCGAGUUCAAAAUCCCAGAUCUACCCUUCCCCCUGAAACCACGAGGGAUCAGAGGCAGGAAGCCGCUUCAGAGAGGAAGAAAACCAGGAGCCAAAGCCAAGGAGAAGAAGACGACCGCUCCUCCUCAACCUCAGAUAGUGAACCCAAACGGCGCCGUGGUGGUGAAGCGUGGUCGAGGUCGGCCGCCCGGAACACGCAACAAGGCCACGCUGAUCGCUCAGGCUAAGCUGCUAGCUCAGCAGCAGGCUAAAGCUAAAGGAGCAGCAGAGUGUCAGCAGCAGCUGCUUCCAGCCAGAGCUGCAGGAGGAGGCGGAGCCAGCAGCACGCACAGGCCCAUCCAGCCGGUCAUCCUGACCCACAACAUGCCCCUGACCCCUGACCUCUCCCCCCUGUCCACCCCCUUCCUCCCCUUUCAGCCCAAACUGAAGGAUCUGAAGACGGAGCGCGGGGAGUCUGCAGCUCCCACCGUCCUCCUCUCCACGCUGCCUCGGCACUUUGUGGGCGGAGCUCUGGGAGGGUUCAGCCCCAUCAAAGGGGUGUGUCCUCUAGACGUCUUCAGAAACCGUAUCAGCCUGCAGAGGGGUCCAGAGAGUCCUGCUCUGACCCCUCAGGACCCCAACCAGCACCUCCCCACCAUCUUCACCCUGCAGCCCAAAACGGGAAGUCCGGAUUCCCCCCAUCCAAGUGUGGACCGGACGCCGCCUCAACCCCACCCGCAGCAUCCCAGCUGCACCGGUUGCAGUGCGGACGACGGGGCCCAGAGAGGGGGAGGCCGGGAGGCAAGGACCCGACCCCCUCUGCCCCCCCUCAGGGUCCUUCCUCUGAACCUGGACUGCAGCGUCCAGGUGUGUCAGCUGAUGAGGACUCGUCUGGGCUCGUCUCAGUUCCAGACCUUCACCCGCCGCCUUUCUGAGGCCCUGUCCCAGGACCUGAGCCCCAAGCCCCCCUGCUCCCCCAUCACGCCCCCCCCAGAGCAGGCCCUUCCCCUCAACCUCAGCAAACGCUUCCCCGUCAAGAGAGCUGCCACGGAUGGACCAGAGCCCAGUCCAACAGCCGUCAACGGGACCUCAGACCAGCACAUGUCCAAGAAACCAAGACUCAGCACCCAGACCCAGGACCUCAGCCCGGGGGACCAGACCGGCUCUGCAGGAGGAGAAGAAGAAGAGCAGGAUGUGGAGAUGAAGAACCAGGAGGAACCUGCAGACCUAAGCUCCCCCAGCAGGAUCAGGGCCUUCCUGCUCGGGUUGCCCCCUUUUCAGGUGAAACUGGAGGAGGAUCUGAAUGGGACCGGGACCAGGUUUGGAAAGUUUCUCCCUCCAGGAUCUUUAGCGGAACAGCAGAGGACCGAGAUGGAGCAGGGAGUGGUAGUAAAGGAGGAGGAGGAGGAGCCAUGUCAAACUAAACAGGAGGAUUCUGAUCCCAGACCCUGCUCUGGUCCUGGUCCUGGUCCAGCUGAGGUGAGGAGUGCGGGGCCUUCAAACACAGACACUCACUGUUUUUAGAGUCGGCGCUCUCUUUGUAAGCAUGAGAAAACUGCCCCCCCUGAGUCCAGGAUGAGUGGGCCUCAGAGCGGGCUCAGUUAGGGGUUUUUGGACCCGUUGGAUCCGGCUCGUGUUGGAUCCAGAGGAUGAGGAGCGAGACGUUUCAUUUCUUCAUCUUUCAGAACAUUUGAGCCUCGACGGGUUCUGAUUUUUGUGUCUUUCUUCUUCUCGAUCACGUUGUUGAUAUUUGCAGAGGAACGACGACGCAGAGACAAUCAUAGAUCAGUUUCUUUCCUUUUUCAUUUCUGUGUCUUAAAAUGUAAAAACAGAAACACAGACUCUGAAACAAACACUGCCAUAACGAGGGAUGGGGAUCCCAACGCCAAACACGCUCUUUAAAAAUCAAAAACACGAGAGCUCAUCGAGUCUCGUGGGUCCGAUAACGUCACGCUAUCUAACGAGUCGUUUAUAAAACCGAUUGUCUAAUGAAGUCUUUUAAUUAAAUAGAAGAACCAGCAAACAGUUUUUAAACCCCUCAGAGAUUAAUUCUGGUCAUCUGAGGAUGUCUGAACUAACGGAGAGGUUUCAAAUUUUACCAAAGAAAAAAGGAGGAAGUGAAAUUUAAAUGUAUAUUUCAGAAUAUUUGACUGUUAGCGAACACGACCGCCAUGACCCACCAGGUCGACACUGAGCGUUAAAUUAACCACAAUGCACCUUCCACUGUUGUCAUCCUCCUCCUCGUCCAAUCAGAGCCCCCCCGUGGUGACACCAUUCAAACUUGUAUCAAGUCCUGAAAGAAAAAUAUGAAUCCAGUGUUCAAUCAGCGGGUUCAAAGCUUGUUAGCUUAAAGGUUACAUUAUGAUGUGUUCAAGGUCAGGUCGGUAAAAUGACUAUCAGAGAACAAUCAUAUGGCAUUAUGAUGUUCUUAAAGCCAACGUCAUGAAGAAGAAACUUCAGGUUUAGGUAAGAAAAGAUGAAUCAGAUCUGAUGGUGAUCCCCAUCCCUAACCCUCAUAACACUAUAAACUAUUCAAUGUGACGCUGAACACGACUUAGUGGAAAUAAGAAUUACAUCUAUGGGUGAUGCUAUGCAUCGAGACUUCAUAAAUGAGCAUCUGUAGUUCUGUAGUUUUUAAAUCUCUACUUCUGUAGAGAGAUGGUUAUUUUCUGAUAAAGUGUCCUGAUGUUAUCUGGAGCUCCUUCACGUUAUAGCUCGUUAAGUGAAGCCUUUCUAUAGUCCUGCUCGUUAGCUCAAAUAUAUCAACCUUUCUUACACACACGUGCCUUAAACAGCCGGCUUCACCGCCCGCUUCAAAUCCAUUCAGUUGGAGAGAUACCUUGAUGUUGGACCUCUUUAGUUUCCCUAACCCUAACCCUCCACUCCCACUCCUCAGCAUGUCUGUCCUUUAAAUAACAAGAAACCAGAGUACCCCUUACCUUAGACCAGAGAAACCAGAGUACCCCUUACCUUAGACCAGAGAAACCAGAGUACCCCUCAUAUUAAACCAGAGUACCCCUCAUAUGAAACCAGAGUACCCCUCAUAUUAAACCAGAGUACCCCUCAUCUUAGACCUCCUGAGAGAAACCAGAGUACCCCUUACCUUAGACCAGAGAAACCAGAGUACCCCUUACCUUAGACCAGAGAAACCAGAGUACCCCUCAUAUUAAACCAGAGUACCCCUCAUAUGAAACCAGAGUACCCCUCAUAUUAAACCAGAGUACCCCUCAUAUGAAACCAGAGUACCCCUCAUAUUAAACCAGAGAAACCAGAGUACCCCUCAUCUUAAACCACAGUACCCCUCAUAUUAAACCAGAGUACCCCUCAUAUUAAACCAGAGUACCCCUCAUCUUAAACCAGAGAAACCAGAGUACCCCUCAUAUUAAACCAGAGUACCCCUCAUAUUAAACCAGAGUACCCCUCAUAUUAAACCAGAGUACCCCUCAUCUUAAACCAGAGAAACCAGAGUACCCCUCAUAUUAAACCAGAGUACCCCUCAUAUUAAACCAGAGUACCCCUCAUAUUAAACCAGAGUACCCCUCAUCUUAGACCAGAGAAACCAGAGUACCCCUCAUAUUAAACCAGAGUCCCCCUCAUAUUAAACCAGAGUACCCCUCAUCUUAAACCAGAGUACCCCUCAUAUUAAACCAGAGUCCCCCUCAUAUUAAACCAGAGUACCCCUCAUCUUAAACCACAGAAACCAGAGUCCCCCUCAUGUUUAAGUUAAACAGAGUUCUGAAUGUCGCGGGGUUGCAGAAAAGACCCGAUCUGUUCCACUCGAAGAUUAAACCAUAAAUCGUAAACUCCUGGAAAAACUGCAGCAAAACGUAUUUCUCUGGUUCUAAUAUUUAAAGGUUUGUCUGUAAAUAAAGUGAACAUUUAGAGUUUUGUUGUUUUCAACUUUUCUCCAAACUUCCACCACCGUGCCACCGCCGACCAUCUUGUGUUUUUCACCACCGUGCAUUGGCGACCACCGUGGGUUGGCGUCCACCACUUAGCCUUCAUCACCAGCAGUGUAUAGGAUGUUCAUGCUGGUUCUUAUUGUUGCUUUUCUUGGGUAUCAUUUUCAUCUGCGUUAUCAGGGUGAGCGUAUCCCAUCAUGCAUUUGGGUAAAUGAGACGGAGUUCAUGAUUUACGGUAACAGGAGGCGUUGACUUUAACGCCUGUUUGUCAGAAAUCAUAACGCACUUAACCCAGUGAGUGUGAACGUACAGAAUGGGAACGUCACAUUUUGUAUCCUUCUAGUCUCCUGUUUUUAAAUCUAAUUCUAAUAAAUAAUCUUAAAUUGAUGGUUUUAGGCUGCGACACAUUAUUUGCCUGUUGACAUCGACAUGAACCGAUGUGAGUAACCCAUCAACUUGACGCUGGCAUCUAGUUUUCUAAUCUCUGAUUCAGAGAAGAGGUUUUUUAUUGUGCACCAAAAGAAGUCGUGACACAAACAUCGGAUUUCCCCGAUCUGUGCGUCUCAAUAUGAGCGAUGACUAGCAAAGUCAAAGUCAGUUAUUAUCACACGCUUUAAUGGUUUCCCUUCAUUAGUAGCAGGCGAACUGUUUCCACCUGUUUCCAGUCUUUGUGCUAAGCUACGUUAGCCAUCCUCUGGUUCAUAUAAAGUGUACAGACAUGAUAAUGGUCUCAAACGUCUUAGCUAACGCUCCACGAGAGAGAGAAUUCAGGGACUACUAAAAAUGUUAAAUUCAAACAGACUUCCACUUAAGAUCAGCUGAUUCAGUCUCUCCAGAUUUGAUGUCAAUAAUUGUUUAAAAAGAGAAAUCCAACAGAUAUCAUUCACGCCUCGUCACCAAAGAUUAUGUUAGCUUUUUUAGUAUAAUGCAGCGCUCCAGCUGGCCCCUCCCCCUUCUCAUGUGAAGUGCCAACACCAAACCCAGACUCCAUGUUGUUAGAAACAUCAAGGUAUCUUUUUAACUGCCGCCUUUUCCUUUGACUCGUUUGGUUUUCUGCCAGACGGACGUCGGGUCACAUUUGCACACCUACUGUACAAACUUGCUUCACUUGUUUUUUUUUUUUCCAUAUUUAUAUAUUUGCCAACGUUUUGUUAUUUUACCCGAGUAGAGGAAUCAUGUACGACAGCGAAAUGACCUGGUGCUGUUUAUUCUUAGUUAUGUAGCUAAUGCCAUAUUGUUGUUUUAUUUUUGUGUCUAAAGCUGCAAAUUCUUUCAUCUCGGCAGUCUGACUUCUGGACUGCAGUCUCACGCAGCUUCUAUUCCAAUAAAUCUGACUGCUUAGGAAAAGAUUUGCAGUUUUUUUAAAAGAUGUUUUUGACUGUUGGCCUCAUGUGAGACGGAUAUGAAAUGUUUCUGAAUGAAUGCAUGAGUAGUUAAUGUAAACUCAAAGCACACAUACUCCACCGCUCAUCACCUCUGAACAUUUGGUGAAAAGAGUCUUUAGAUUGUUAAGAAAAGUCACUUUUCACUGCAAUGUCUGUUCUCUCCUCGACUCCAAGGAGAAAAACUUUGAUUCAUCUUUUGCAGUAAGAGUUCAUAUUUCUCAGAAAAUGUAACAACAGAUUCAUGUAUUAUUUUUUACAUUGUGUCCAUAAAUCUCUUAUUUUGAAGGUGGAGUUGUUUGUCUGAGCAUGCUCAGCUUUGCUUCAAAGGAAGGAGUUUGUUUUAGAGGGAUGGUCAUCGUGCGAGGACACGACUGGUCACUUUCUCGAGUAGAGAAGAAGAAAAUGACAAACUGACUCUUGACCUUCAGAACGAAACGUACAGGAUCCAAACACAUUCAUGGUGUUGCUUUAAUACUUAAAGUUAACCUUAAUGUUAGACCGCCAUCAUUAUCCAGUGAUCGCCGCUUAACAAAACACCUGGUGUAUAAAACAAUGACGUCAUCAGGUUGUCUCUCUGAGCUGCAGGACUCCUGAUGAACAUUUUAAUAAACUUCUGGAGGUCAGUCGGGGUUUAUAAACAUCUCUUAUAUUUUCUUUAUGGUAAAUGUUUUUGGACUGCAGUACCUUGAGUGACCACUGGGACACAUUGGCAGCAUUGUGCUGGUCCCCAUAUACUCCCAGUUGCAAUCUUGGACUGGUUUCAAACUGGUGUGAGCCUACGCAGGGUUAAACUGGUUUCCUCGGCUUGUGAACAUCAGAGUGCAACGCCAUGAUUUCAUUUAUACCAAUGAGAAGCUCCGCCCUCUGAGCACGGCCUUCAAAAUAAACUUCUUACAAACUACUUCCUUUGGAGUAAACAUGAGCAUCCCAGUCAAACCACAGCUCCACCGGACCAGUUUGAGUGUCAGCCUGACUGUCCUGAGCGUUUUGCAUUAGUUCUUUUAUUUUGUGCAUGUUGAUGACAUCACGCCACUGAGCGCCCGCUGGGUCACCUAAAGGGGGGCGGGUCUUGUAGUCUAGCAGCAUGUGAAACCAGUAUGAGAGAUGAGUAGGUUUUUCUUUGGUUAUUUAAGCUUUAGUUUGUUAAGGUUCCUAUCUUCUUUUUUUUUUCUUUGAUAAAGUUAAAGACUGGGAUGUUUACAUUUUGUUCUGCAUGUUCAGAUUUGUUAUCUCCGGUGUUUACUACUUCAGCAUCGCUCGUUAGCGGCACUGCGCAUUUACGUCAAAUCAAAGUGCCUGAUACCUGAACGUUUAAUUUGCUCGUUAGCCUUCACGCCAUUGACUUGAACUACGGCUCCUUUUGUCGCCUGAUGUUUUGGGAAUCCUGUGUUUCAAAUUUGGAUUAAACGAGGAGAUAAACGACGACAGGAUGCUCGUUCAGAUCCCACAGCGAGCUAACUGGACCUACAGGAUCUGACCGCGACUAGUGGCCACCUGAGCGCUCGGAGACGAGACUCAUCCUGUGACGACAUUCACACAGAGGAUGAUCAAAUAACGGGUGCUACAUGUGACAUUUUAACAUACACAAAACAAACAAUGUAAAGACUGCUGCAGCUUCUUUAAACGAUGGACGACCACAUGGUGGAUCAAGAUUCUUAACGCCAAGCGGCUGCGACCGUCUCUCAUUGUCUUCAUCGGUUAAUCUCAAAAUGACUUAAAAACAAGACGUGGUUGGAGUCUGUCCUCGAAGCUGAAAAGACUUUCUGAUCGUUUGUUGUUAAAAAGAUGAAACACAGAAUCAUUGAGCUCCAGUUACCGACGACACCUUCAGAUAUCUUCAGUUAACUCCUGAAGAAAUCCAUCAUCAUUGAUUUCUCAUGCCUGUGAUUGAAAAUGUUUCCAUUAAACAUCCGGAGCUGCAGAUUAGUUUUCUGUUUAAUGAUUCAAACGGUUUCAGCUGCAGCGGGUGUUAUAAUCUCAUUAAUUAUUUCAUAUUCUCCGUUCACAUCUUUAAAUAUCUCGCCUGAAAUGUCAGUUUGAAGGAAUAUAAAAUAUAGUCAAAGAAACGUCAACAUUUAAGUUUGAGUUCAAAGUGACUCGUCUGAAGUUGAUUCAUUUUUAGAUCUGAAACCACGAGCCGAGAAUAACGACUAAACUUCAGAUUCAUGACUUUGUUGUGACGGCUGCUGGAGACUAAAUGGAAAGGAUCUCUAACAUGAAGUCGGUCGUUUUCCAGGUGCUUUAAAGAGUUUUAUAAGAUCUGCAGUCCCAUCCUGGAGACACGGCAGCAGAAUGUGAAAUGUGUGCGUAUGUUAUAAAUGCUGCAUGUGGCACCUCACAAACUGUUGGAUGUUUAGAAUCAACGAAUGUCUCAGUCACUUCCUGUGAUUGUUUGUUUUUUAUCACGACAUCAUUCCACUCAUGUUUUUAUUUCCUCUUUUCUCUGGAACUAAAAAAAAACCCAGAACAACUUAAAAAACACACAAAUGUGCUUUUCUCUACAGAGCGCUCUGAACUUUUGCAAAGUCAGUCUGACGAGAGAGCGGACGCUUUCUGCUAAGGUCACUUCCUGCGUGCACCUGAAACAUCCACCAAGGUGUUUUUGAGUGGGAGGUUUUUGUGUUUCACGUCGAGUGCGUGAUUUUAUGGUUGAAGAUCUGCAGCAUCAACUCCAGUUCCAUUUCUUAGUUUAUUUUAACAGCUGGCAGUGUCAGGUACCAUUCCAUUUUAACACUGUAUAUUUAUAAUAAAAGUAACCUGUUAAUAAACAUCA